GUUAGGUGGCGCGGGAGUCAAGCUCCUGUAAGAUCAUGACCAAGGGAGGGGUCCGUGGGCGGAUGUAAUAUACAUGUAUAUAGUUAUUUGUGUGUGAACGUAUUUUCAUCUGUAUAUAAUCAUCGACCCUUAUUAAAUAUCAUUAACUUUAAAAUCAUGUAGUUUGUUAUCUCUUCAAUAUCCGACAAGUGUUAGAACCUAACCGAACCUGGGUUGAUAACACUAGGCGAUGCGGGACUUCGGGACAUACUAAUAGCCGGAGCGGUGUGUGUUACGCCCGGAGCCCCGACUCGUCCUACUACAGACUGGUGCCGUGUGACCAAUUGAAACUGUCGGUUGUUGGAGAGAUACUUAUUGUAUAUAUACAUUAUCUUAUAUUUCAUUGUUGUAUUUUCCUUUGUCAAUAUGGAGAGGUUCUUUGGAAAUAUGAGGGAGAGGUUAUUUAGGAGGGCAGGUAAUAACCGGGGUGAUCAGCCCAUAGCUAACAGGAAUGAGCAAAAUAUGUCUCCAUCAUCUAGUCACCUAGUACAGGAUAGUUCCAGGGACUUUGUUCCUGAUGAUAUAAUGGUAGUAGUAGAAAGGGAGUCAACACCUACAGAGAAUAUGGGUAUGAACAGUACUAUUCCUGGGACAAAUGUAGGGCUAACUAACUUGACAUCAUUUGUUCCUUUUGAGCCAGACAUAAGUCAUAGACAUACAGGCUUACCAGCUGAUAGUGGUAUACAUUUCAGUGAUGAGUUGAGGAAUAAUUUCAAUUUUCCCAUUCCGGACAUAAGUGCUCAUAGAUUCAUGAUAUCAGAGACACAGUACAGCAAUUCCAUACAUAGGGAAGAGGGUUUUGGGGGAGCUAGAUCAAAGGGAAAGGGGGCCUUGAAGGGACCAGAAGAUGCAAAUGUAUCUGGCAGUGCCCUAUCCUUUGAGAGACAGAGGGGACCAGGGGGAACCCAAAAUUCCCAUUCAGGGUUGUGUAGCACUCAGCAACAUGAGGGGCAGAGGGGGUCAGAGGAAACUCGGAGCUCUCAUUUAAGAUAUGCUAGUACACAGCCAAAUGAGGGGCAGAGGGGGUCAGAGGAAACUCAGAGCUCUCAUUUAAAAUAUACUUGUACUCAGCCACAUGAGGGGCAGAGGGGGUCAGAGAAAAGGCAGAGUCCUCAUUUAAGGGGUGAUGAUACUCAGGAACAGGGAAGGCAUACAGGGUUGGAGGAUACUCGGACUUCCCACCUGUUGUCAGAUUUGGCACAUUCGUACCAGGGGGAAAAAAGGGCCGGAGAUAGACAUAUCCCUCAGGACCAGUCAGGUGCCUCUCACAGUCAUUGUUUAGAUUCUGGGGAGUAUGACAGGCAAACGCAGAGUGGUUGGGAAUUUAGCCGCGAGUCAGACAACUCUCUGGGAUAUUGUGUAGGAACAGGAGAUCACUUAGGCCCAACUAGCUCUGAUACCCUUAAUUAUGGAAAUACUGCAAGUUUUUCUACUGGAAUAGGACCCAGGGUCACUUUUGCUGAUUCAUAUGUUGAUAGAAUACCAUCUCCAAAGAUAACUAGUACUCCAAAGCCUGAUUUACAUUGUAGUCCACAGGAUUAUUUUCCAGCUGGGGAUAGUCUUGGGUUGCAAGGGUUAAGGUCAUUGGGAAGGUCAACCCCAUAUCAGGCACCUGGCUAUAUUUAUGGUAAUAGAACAGCACCUCAUACACCAGUGGGGGUACAAUCAAGAUAUAUGAGGCCUAAUGAGGGGAGCUUACCCUACAGUGACCAAAGUAGACCUACAUUAGGAUUUGAAAUGGGUGGUCCAAGGGGAGAUAAUUCAGCUUACGGUAGAGUACCGAGAAGGAAAGAGAAGGAGCCUCAAGCUUUUGACAGUCGUAAGGUCAAUUUUAUGGAUUUUCUUACCCAUUUUGAGCAUGUAGCGCAGUGGAAUAGGUGGGAUGGGUAUGAACAGGCCCAACAGUUGGCUAUGUGUCUAAGGGGAAAUGACGUUCAUGUCCUGUCACAACUAUCAGUUAAUCAGCGUAGUGAUUAUGUUCAGUUAAAGCAGGCCCUGAUACAAAGGUUUUCACCCCCUGGCCGGGAGUAUGCACAUGGGAGUGAAUUCAGAAGUAGGCGGAGGGUAGGGAAGGAGUCCCUAGUAGGUUAUGGAGAAGCCUUAAGGAACUUGUCUACUUUAGCUUUUCCGGACUUGUCAUCAAGGGAGGUAGAAAGGAGAUCUAUUGAGCAGUUUGUGGAGGGGCUGGGUAGUUAUGAAAUGCAGAAGUAUGUGCAAUUUAGUCAUCCCACUACCCUGGAGGAGGCUGUUAGCAGGGCAAUAGAACAUGAGUCUUUUCAAAAUAGACAUGGGGUCUCCAGUAGGAAACCCAGGGAGGAGGAACUUAUGCAAAGUCUCCACAAUGUACAAUCUGUGAGUCAGACCGAUACAGAAAAGGGUGGCCCUGUUUCUAAUAUGGGGGAUGAAUUGAAAACUUUAUUGUUAGAACAGUUUGAGAACUUGAACAAAACCCUGUUACAACGGAAUGCCAGAAAUAGUAAAAGGGGGCGAAGGGAUCUAAGUCAGGUGGUGUGUUAUGCAUGUGGGAGAUUAGGCCAUAUGUCGUAUGACUGUAAAAACAAAGGGGAGAGUGAAGUGGAAGAGGGAAAGGGACAGGGAAACUAGACAGGGCUGGGGUCGGGCCCAGACAUUCAGCCCAGUUGGUAGUUGAGGAGGAGGGAGAAGGGCCAAUAGUGAUGCUUAAUUCUAUUCAGCCUAGUCUGGCAAUAGGUUAAAAGUUUUAGGAAAGGCUAUGUUAACAUUCAAGGUGGGGAGCCGCUAUUAUGAGUUUGACACGGUGGUUGCAAACAUAGAGGGGCAUGAUGGUAUUAUAGGGAUUGAUUUUCUGAAGGCACAUGAUGGGGAGGUGCAUUUUGGGUCCAGUACACUGAAGUUAGGAGGGUGUCGGGUAGAAAUCACCUCAGGUAAACAGGUUCAGUGUGCCCGGAUUAGGGUUGGUGAGACUACAGUGAUCCCUAAACACUCUGAAGUAUAUUUCCCUGGUUAUGUAGAUGGUAGUGUAGGGAAAGGAGUAGGUGUAGUAGAGCCCGGCAACUUUAUAACCAAGAAGAACUUAAUGUUAGC